AUGGUAAAGGACAAAUGCAACAUGAAGGAUGACUUGUUUGUUCCGAGCAUUGGGAAGAGUGGAGGCUUGGCUUUAUUCUGGAAGGAAGGGGUUAUAGUGAUGGUUCAAACAUACUCUCAAACACACAUCGAUGCAUUAGUGGAUGGGGGUGCAAAUGUUGGGUGGUGGCACUUCACUGGCUUUUAUGGGAACCCGGACACAGCCAAACGUCCUGAGUCUUGGGCAAAACUCAAAUAUCUCAAAGGAACUUCAUCUCUGCCUUGGUUAACAAUUGGAGAUUUCAAUGAGAUCAUCGGGACAUCGGAGAAGGAGGGUGGUAGUGAUAGACCGAGACAACAAAUGACGAACUUCGUUGAGACUAUAAAUGCCUGUAGGCUUCGUGAUUUGGGGUACACUGGCCCUAAGUUUACUUGGAACUAUGGGAGGGCAGACAGUGUGCAGAUACGAGAGAGGCUGGAUAGAGCGCUAGCAACUCCUGAGUGGAUCAGCUUGUUUCCUUUGGCAAAGUUAUACCACUUAUCAUCAUCGGUGUUAGACCAUGCUCCCUUAGUGUUACGUAUGACACAACAACCGAGUUGUAUACGACAAAAGAAACUUUUCUGGUUUGAAUCGAUGUGGUUGAAAGACCAAAGAUAUGACAGCCUCAUAUUCUGUAAAGCAUCUCUUGAAGAAUGUGAUGCACUUCAAAAGGUCUUGCGAGUGUACGAGGAAGAAAUAAAAGGGAGAUUCAGCAGCAACACCCCUACCACUAUCAAGGAAGAAAUAAAAGGGAGAUUCGGAGCACAAGUGAUCAAACAGCAUGAGAAAUAUUUAGGCCUACCUUCCUUGGUAGGAAGGAAUAAACGGAACUCUUUCAACGACAUAAAGGAAAAAGUGGGUAAAAAGGUAGCCGGCUGGAAAGAGAAGAUGUUAUCCAAGGCGGGUAAGGAGGUCCUGAUCAAGGCAGUGGCGCAAGCAAUCCCUACUUACACAAUGAGCUGUUUCAAAAUCCCAGACUCUCUCUGUGACGACCUUACUGGUAUGAUAAGGAAUUUCUGA